CCCAACACCCACUCCACCCUUUGCCAUGACGAACGGGACAAGUGUCGUCCAUGCGAGCGGCACGAGCGCAACCCCGAACACGACGACGACCACUCCACCUUUUGCCAUGACGAACGGGACAAGUGUCGUCCAUGCGAGCGGCACGAGCGCAACCCCGAACACGACGACCUCACCCCCAACAAACGACAAGAACCCGACUCCGACUCAGACCACGUACAUAUGUCAAAACAAUACCCGAUACGCCGACAACAAUGGGAGAAUCUAUACGCUGUAUUGUGACGCGAAUGCGGGUGGAGGCCUUGUAUCACAACAAAACUUUGCUGCUGGUGGCUACAAUCAAUGCGAAGAUUUUUGUGAUGCCGAACCAGGUUGUGGAGCUUGGGUUUGGGCUGCGGGUACAAACAAUAUCGGUGGGGAAUGCUAUCUCGAGAAUCUACCGGCAGCCCUCAGCUUUGGGUCUGCUUUCAACGGUCAGGCGGUUGGAAUCGCCUCAUCGGAAACCCAGUUCACCAACAGGACACAAUGUCCCGCUGGACCCGAAUCGGACUCAAAGGCAUACGGUGGCAUCGGUUACACCAUAUACUGCGGAAACGACACCAGUGCCGGUGGCUACGCUUCCUCGUCCGCCAAAGACUACAUCUCUUGUCAGAAUAUGUGUGAUGCCCAGGCAACGGGAUCAAAUCCGUGCACCGCCUUCACUUUUGCGGUCAACGAGAACCCCCCAAGCGACACCAACAAUGGGACUUGUUAUCUCAAGGGUGGGACGAGCACGCCAUCGGCUGGUCAUGGCAAUUUCAUUGCUGGUAUUGCGAGGACGUCGUAAUUGAGGAUGGUUUAUGUAUGCCCCGUAAAAUCACAAGGGAACUUCCCCGCCUUCUCCCCACAAUAAUGAAGCGGGGUUGGCUAUGGG